AUGCGCCCCUCCACCCCACUGUCCGCGACACUGCCGCCGCUGAUUAUGGGCACAGCAACCUUCAACUCCCAAUAUAACGCCGACCCUUACGCCCUCCCAACAACAGAACUCGUCCAGCGCGCACUGUUACGCGGCGUGCGCGCCUUCGACACAUCCCCCUACUACGGCCCCGCAGAAGAACUCCUCGGCCGCGCGCUCGCAACAGAAACCGUGCAAACCAACUUCCCACGGGAGACAUACCACCUCCUCACAAAAGUCGGGCGCGUAGCCGGCUCAUCCUUCGACUACUCGCCACCAUGGAUCAGACACAGCGUGCGACGCAGCCUGCAACGACUACACACAGACUACCUGGACGUAGUGUACUGCCACGACGUGGAAUUCGUGACGGCUGCGGAAGUGGUCACAGCGGUGCGGGAGCUGCGCCGUCUCCGCGAUGAAGAGGGCGUGCUACGUUACGUCGGUAUCUCCGGCUACCCGGUCGACACGCUCAGCGAGCUGGCGGAGACGGUUCUCCGUGAGACGGGCGAGCCGCUCGAUAUCGUUAUGUCGUAUGCAAACUUCACUUUGCAGAAUACGCGGCUGCACUCGCAUGCCUUGCCUAGGCUGCUUGCUGCUGGCGUUGAUGUUGUUCCGAACGCAUCCCCGCUCGGUAUGGGAUUGCUUCGUCGGGACGGCGUGCCUAUUGGCUCGAUGGGAGAUUUCCAUCCCGCUCCUAAUGCCCUCCGGAGUGCUAUUCGUAGUGCUUCGGACUGUGCUUCGCGGCAUGGGGAGAAGCUUGAGGUUGUUGCGAUUCGGUAUGCGCUGGAGGCGUGGCUGCGUGUUGGUGCGCGGGCUGGCGGUCUCGGUGCGCCGCUUGCUCGUGCUGCAGACUCUGAUCCUGGGUUCUUGUCUGCGGCCAGUAUGGGCACGGGGAGGAGGCUUGGUGUCAGCGUUAUGGGCGUUAGUAAUAUCGCUGAGCUGGAGGAGACUUUGCGCGUGUGGCACAGUAUCGUUGAUGGACUGGAGAAUUGGAAUGAGGAUGACGACGCUUCGUAUUUCGAUACUAAGUUGAAAUCAGCUGGACCGUCGACUCCUAGCCUAGAUGUUCCCACGGCGUCGAAUAUCCUCACGCCCCAGGAGGACCUUAUCACGGACCGUGCCUGGUCGCAUGCACGCGGAGUUCAUAUCUUGCAGCUGGCACGAGAAAUUCGGAGUAUAUUAGGUACAGAAUGGGUUGAUUAUGUCUGGGCCAGUCCGUCACCAGACUUUGUGAAUUUGUUAUCUGAGGAGCAUAUUGCUGCUGUGCACAGGAUCGAGGCUGAGGAGAGAACAGGACGGAAGCCAUCUCUCUCUAUAUCUGAUACGGCUAACAGGGAGGAUCCUAUGCUGACACCACCGUCAGAUGUGGAAAAGCAGCUUGCAUAG